AUGCUUUUGAGAGGCAUCAUGCCCGAGACAAUGGAGAUCAGCGAUGCCGCGAAGUCUGGCGACGGAACCACGACUAACGUUGGCAUCAAGAUGACGGGCACCUUCCAAUGCCCAGAAUGCCGACAGAAAUUUGACUCCGAGAAGGCGAAGCAGCUUCACUGGAAGUUCAUCCAUGAUCCGAACAGGCUCUUGCAUGCUUCAGCAUCGUGCUUGUGGUUCAUUAGUCGUAUAACGCAUUUGACCAUGUACCUAUCCUUAAGGACGGCAACAGACAUGUCUUGCCAGUAUGUCGGUCAUCAGCUGGCAUGUUGCAGGCAUCAGGAGGACUGA